CCAUUCCAAGGGCACACAACCCCACACAAUAUUCAAACCCUACAAAAGCCAAAGCCAAAAAACUAUGGCCUAUCUCAAAACUCUCCUACCAACAAGGCCAUCUUCUUCCUCUGCAACAUCAAUAACCGCAAUGAAGAGCAUCAAAGCCAUGAUCCACAGCCUGAUCGUGGCUCACAUCUGCCGCGCCUUUCGAGCCCUCCGACGAGUCAAAUCCAUCCUCCUCCAGGCCAUCAAGAACCACAAAGACCUCCACCACUUCCCUUACCUCAUCGCCGGUCACAACAGCAAGCAGAGGAAGAAGGUGUUCUUUGGGUCCUUCAGGCUUCACUACAACUGGGGCUCCACCUCUUCCUCCCGCGUCCUACCUGUCCCCGAAUCCGUCCUACGUGGCUGCUCCUCCGACUCCGACUCCUACGUGGUGGAGGGCAGUAGUAGUAGUACUGCUGCUGCCCAGUGGUCCUCGUCAGAGUCCACGCUGGCAGGGUACCUCCUUUGGCUGGAAGAGAAAGACAAGAAGUGUGGUGGCGGCGGCGGUGGCGGGAGCGAGGAGGAUGGUGAUUAUGUGGCGGCGGCAGAAGGAGGAGGAGUAGUGAAUGAGAUCGACAGGCUGGCGGAGAUGUUCAUCGCGGAGUGCCACGAGAAGUUCCAGCUGGAGAAGCAGGAGUCGUUGAGAAGAUUCCACGAUAUGAUGGCGAGAAGCAUGUGAAUCAUCGAGAUUUGCGCUGAAAAAUCAAAAUCUCGCGACAAGAAAAGAGGAGAAAACAAAUGAGAGAAACUGGGAGGAGGUUUCUCCUUCUCUUCUAUGUCAUAAAAACAAAACUCUGAACUGCCGCUUGUGGGGUUGAAGGAAGGGAGGGAGGGGCCGAGGGGGAAGUACAAAGAGACGAGAUGAUGAGGAGGAAGGUAUACAUUAAUUAAUUAAUUAACUAAUUUAGAGCUACUAGUAGCUAGUAGUUGUAGAAGUAUAGUCCAAUUCUGGACUUAAUUAAUUAGCUUUUGUUUCUUCCUGGUUUGGUUUCUUUUGGAUAUAUUUUUGGAAAUAAUAUAUAUAUAUAUAUAUAUAUAUAUAUAUAUAUAUAUAUAUAUAAUGUAAAACUAACUCCUAGUGUUCAAUAUAAUUAAUCUCUGAGAUUAAUGCAAACUAACUCCUAGUUGUGACGAAUUAAUAAUUUUGGGUUGAGUUAAUUGUGUUUGAUGAAGUGGAUGGGUGGGUGGGUGGUUGGGUGGGUCAAAGUUAGUUUGGCGGAGGACGUGGGUUUUUGGUAGAGAGACUAUUCAAUUGCAUGAUCUAACUUAACUUCCACUACUACUACAGCCACAGUUAGCCAUGCAUCUUGCAUUGAGAUCAUGAUGACAUGAUCUAGGAUUGCUGAUAUUUACUACUUAAUUCUAUUUUGCGAAGUGGCAGAUCUCGUGUUCGAUACCUUCUCGAGGCUCGCUGUGAACUCCAGGUUUGGUCUCUCUACACCAUCACAAAUUGUGGUGUGUGCGUGUAGAUGUUCCUGUGUUAUUAAAAGAAACAUACUACGCCCUCUAAUAGAACAAGAAAUCAACUAAUAAUACACAUUUUACUAAUAAAAAAACUUUGUGCAUGUUGGAGGGACUUAUGAAUUUGUUCGAUGGUCACUAGAUAAUCUUAAAGUAAUUUUCUUAAGUAACUAUGUAUUACUUUACUAGACAAAACAAAGUGAAAGUGAUUUUUCAAAGAAAUUUGACAUCAGACAUUUGUUUUAUGAUCCAUAGAAGUCAAAAAGUGCCCAAUCUUAAAGAUAUUUAUGAAUGAUUUAAAAUAAGAAAAAGAAACCACAGUAUACUAUACUAAUUAAUUAAAAGGGAAUCAUACACUACACUAUAAUCGUCUUGCUAAUUACUCCUGGCAAAUAUGAUGCCUAUCAAUCAAUUACUGAUUAAUAUGUGAAUGGGGGAAGCCCUUGGUAAUAGUGCCAAUGAUUAGUAAUUCUGUAUUUUUGUUUACCUUGAUUUCUGGAGUGCAAUCAAAUCCAUUUCUGUUCUGCUAGACUGCUACUUAAUUAAUUACAAGCUGGGUACUUACUUGAUCAUCAUUUGGCUGAAGUUCUGGGGGAAAGGAGUUGUUGUAGGCCUAAUUCCAGGCUAUAUUAAUGUUUUAAGUAAAAAAAAAAACAACCAAGAAAAGAGCUCUCCAAAGGCCAAGAUGUAAGGAAGAUGUUGAUUCCCUCUCACUUUGUUUUAGGAAUAUUACACUUUCAAGUCCGGGAAUUCUGUAGUGCCGUACCGGCACGAGUGCCGCCAGCGCGUUAGCAGUAGGAUUUGCAAUGUUUAAUUAGGACCAUUGAUUUUAAUCACCACUUAAUCAAGUUAGGUUGAACCUGAUUGAACCUAUUUUAUAUUUAAAUCAAUUAUUAUAGUAUACAAGUUUCACAUUGAAACGGAACAGAGAACUGGUUUAUUGAUAAUAAAAAAUAUUUAUUUAUUUUGUUGCUUCGUUCCCAGAAACAGAAAAUCCUGCCCCAAAUUUACCGAAGGGAAAAAAAAAAUCUGCCCUUGCCGUCGAUUGCCACGGUGGAGGUUGAUGACGGGCUGAAGGUGGUACAUUGAAAUCGAUGGUGAAAAUGAAAUUGAAUCGGCGGCGGUUUAAACGAGGGGGAGGAGCCUUGAUGAUGAUGGCGAUUUUGAGGGUGUCAGGAUAUGGGUGGUGAUGGCCGACCAGCGGCAACAACGACGAUGGUAGUUGAUUGGCAGAAUAGAGACGGUGAUGGGAUGAAUGGGCGACGGCGGAUUGAUGACGGUGGUGAAAUCGACUGUCGGGGAUUCGGAUUCUGGGUGGUGAUGGCCGAUCGGCGACAACGGCGAUGGUGAUUGUGGAUUGCCGCGACAGAGACAAUGGUGGCGAUGACCAGCAGACGGCUUCGGGGCUGAUGACAUUGAUGAUUUUGACAGACGAAGGGUCCGGAAUUUUGGUGGUGAUGAUCGAUCACGGCAAUAAACCAACAGCGACGGU